CGGGGAGGAGCCUGGCGCGGCGGGAGCGGCGGCGCAAAGUGAAACUCUGGGAAGUUGCGGGCGCGCGGGGAGCUGUCGCGGGCAGCGCGCCCUCGGGGGGACGUGGCCCCGGCCUCCGCCCGCAGCGGGCCCGACCGUCAUGGCCCUGAGCAAAGGGCUGCGGCUGCUGGGGCGCCUGGGGGCCGCGGGGGACUGCAGCGUGCUGCUGGAGGCGCGCGGCCGCAGCGACUGCCUGCUGUUCGAGGCCGGCACGGUGGCCACGCUGGCUCCAGAAGAAAAGGAAGUCAUUAAAGGACAGUAUGGCAAGCUCACGGACGCGUACGGCUGCCUGGGGGAGCUCAGGCUGAAAUCUGGUGGCACGUCUCUGAGCUUCCUGGUGUUGGUGACAGGCUGCACAUCUGUGGGCAGAAUUCCAGAUGCUGAAAUCUACAAAAUCACCGCCACCGACUUUUACCCUCUUCAGGAAGAGGCCAAGGAGGAGGAACGCCUCAUAGCUCUGAAGAAAAUCCUCAGCUCGGGGGUGUUCUAUUUCUCAUGGCCCAACGACGGGUCUCACUUUGACUUGACUGUCCGCACGCAGAAGCAGGGGGACGACAGCUCUGAGUGGGGGAACUCCUUCUUCUGGAACCAGCUGUUGCACGUGCCCUUGAGGCAGCACCAGGUGAGCUGCUGUGACUGGCUGCUAAAGACCAUCUGCGGAGUGGUGACCAUCCGCACUGUGUAUGCCUCCCACAAGCAGGCCAAGGCCUGCCUCAUCUCUCGCGUUAGCUGUGAGCACACAGGCGCUCGCUUCCACACCCGUGGCGUCAACGACGAUGGCCAUGUGUCCAACUUCGUGGAGACAGAGCAGACGAUUUACAUGGACGAUGGAGUGUCAUCUUUUGUCCAGAUCAGAGGCUCCGUUCCGCUGUUCUGGGAGCAGCCAGGGCUUCAGGUUGGCUCCCAUCAUCUGAGACUCCACAGAGGCCUGGAAGCCAACGCCCCUGCUUUCGACAGGCACAUGGUGCUUCUGAAGGAGCAGUACGGACAGCAGGUGGUCGUGAACCUUCUGGGAAGCAGAGGCGGAGAGGAGGUACUCAACAGAGCCUUCAAGAAGCUGCUCUGGGCUUCUUGCCACGCAGGCGACACGCCUAUGAUCAAUUUUGACUUCCAUCAGUUUGCCAAAGGCGGGAAGCUAGAGAAAUUGGAGACCCUCUUGAGGCCACAGUUAAAGCUGCACUGGGAGGACUUUGAUGUGUUCACGAAGGGGGAGAACGUCAGUCCACGUUUUCAGAAAGGCACUUUGCGGAUGAACUGUCUUGACUGCCUGGACCGAACCAACACUGUGCAGAGCUUCAUCGCACUCGAGGUCCUGCAUCUGCAGCUCGAGACCCUGGGGCUGAGUUCAAAACCCAUUGUUGACCGCUUUGUGGAGUCCUUCAAAGCCAUGUGGUCUCUGAAUGGCCACAGCCUGAGCAAGGUGUUCACAGGCAGCAGGUCCCUGGAAGGGAAGGCCAAGGUGGGGAAGCUGAAGGAUGGAGCCCGGUCCAUGUCUCGAACCAUCCAGUCCAACUUCUUCGACGGGGUGAAGCAGGAGGCAAUCAAGCUGCUGCUGGUUGGGGACGUCUACGGCGAGGAGGUGGCAGACAAAGGGGGCAUGCUGCUGGACAGCACAGCACUCCUGGUGACUCCCAGGAUCCUGAAAGCUAUGACUGAGCGUCAGUCUGAAUUCACAAAUUUCAAGCGGAUCCGGAUUGCCAUGGGGACCUGGAACGUGAAUGGAGGAAAGCAGUUUCGGAGCAACCUGCUCAGGACGGCGGAGCUGACCGACUGGCUGCUCGACUCGCCCCAGCUCUCAGGCGCUGCCGAAUCCCAGGAUGACAGCAGCCCAGCUGAUAUAUUUGCUGUGGGGUUUGAAGAGAUGGUGGAAUUGAGCGCAGGGAAUAUUGUCAAUGCCAGUACUACCAACAAGAAGAUGUGGGGUGAGCAGCUUCAGAAAGCUAUCUCACGCUCUCAUAGAUACAUUCUCUUGACUUCGGCACAGCUGGUGGGCGUCUGUCUUUAUAUCUUUGUACGUCCAUACCAUGUCCCGUUCAUCAGGGACGUGGCCAUUGACACAGUGAAGACGGGCAUGGGGGGCAAGGCCGGGAACAAGGGCGCCGUUGGCAUCCGCUUCCAAUUCCACAGCACCAGCUUCUGCUUCAUAUGUAGCCACCUGACAGCCGGACAGUCCCAGGUGAAGGAGCGGAAUGAAGACUACAAGGAGAUCACCCAGAAACUCUGCUUCCCAAUGGGGAGAAAUGUUUUUUCUCAUGAUUAUGUAUUUUGGUGCGGCGAUUUCAACUACCGCAUUGAUCUUACUUAUGAAGAAGUCUUCUAUUUUGUUAAACGCCAAGACUGGAAGAAACUUCUGGAAUUUGAUCAACUACAACUACAGAAAUCAAGUGGAAAAAUUUUUAAGGACUUUCACGAAGGAGCCAUUAACUUUGGACCCACCUACAAGUAUGAUGUCGGCUCAGCCGCCUAUGAUACAAGCGACAAAUGCCGCACCCCUGCCUGGACAGACAGGGUGCUGUGGUGGAGGAAGAAACAUCCCUUUGAUAAAACAGCUGGAGAACUCAACCUUCUGGACAGUGAUUUAGAUGUUGACACCAAAGUCAGACACACCUGGUCUCCUGGUGCCCUCCAGUAUUACGGCCGUGCGGAGCUCCAAGCGUCUGAUCACAGACCCGUGCUGGCGAUCGUGGAGGUGGAAGUUCAGGAAGUAGAUGUGGGUGCCCGGGAGAGGGUUUUCCAGGAAGUAUCCUCUUUCCAGGGCCCCCUGGAUGCCACUGUUGUAAUAAAUCUCCAGUCACCGACCUUAGAAGAGAAAAACGAGUUUCCUGAGGACCUGCGUACUGAGCUCAUGCAGACGUUGGGGAAUUAUGGGACAAUUGUUCUUGUCAGGAUCAACCAAGGGCAGAUGCUGGUGACUUUUGCAGACAGUCACUCGGCUCUCAGUGUGCUGGAUGUGGACGGUAUGAAGGUGAAAGGCAGAGCAGUGAAGAUUAGACCGAAGACAAAGGACUGGCUGAAAGGUUUGCGAGAGGAGAUCAUUCGGAAACGAGACAGCAUGGCCCCCGUGUCUCCCACUGCCAACUCCUGUUUGCUGGAGGAAAACUUUGACUUCACAAGUUUGGACUAUGAAUCAGAAGGGGAUAUUCUUGAAGAUGAUGAAGACUACUUGGUGGAUGAACUCAGUCAGCCUGGAGUCUCCGACAGUGAACUUGGGGGAGACGACCUCUCUGAUGUCCCUGGCCCCACAGCACUGGCUCCUCCUAGCAAGUCACCUGCUCUCACCAAAAAGCAGCAGCAUCCAACGUACAAAGAUGACGCGGACCUGGUGGAGCUCAAGCAGGAGCUGGAAGCCGUCGGGGAGUUCCGCCACCGUUCUCCGAGCAGGUCUCUGUCGGUCCCCAACCGGCCUCGGCCACCUCACCCCCCGCAGAGACCCCCCCCUCCAACCGGUUUAAUGGUGAAAAAGUCGGCUUCAGAUGCAUCCAUCUCCUCCGGCACCCGUGGGCAGUAUUCAAUUUUGCAGACCGCAAGACUUCUGCCAGGAGCACCUCAGCAACCACCCAAGGCUCGGACUGGAAUAAGUAAACCUUAUAAUGUCAAGCAGAUCAAAACCACCAAUGCCCAGGAGGCAGAAGCAGCAAUCCGGUGUCUCCUGGAAGCCAGAGGAGGCACCUCAGAAGAAGCCCCAAGUGCCAUGGCCCCGAGGGCCCCCGAAGCAUCGUCUGAACCAGAGCCCACACCAGGGGCGGCCAAACCAGAGACCCCACAGGCACCCCUGCUCCUGCCCCGUCGACCCCCACCCAGAGUUCCUGCCAUCAAGAAGCCAACCUUGAGAAGGACAGGAAAGCCACUGUCACCGGAAGAACAGUUUGAGCAACAGACUGUCCAUUUUACAAUCGGACCCCUGGAGACAAGCCUUGAGGCCCCUCCUCUUGCAACAGUCCCUCAAGUCCCUCCUGUUCCCAAACCAAGAACAUUUCAGCCUGGGAAAGCUGCAGAGAGGCCAAGCCAUGGAAAGCCGGCGUCAGACGAAGCCCCUCCUGUGGCAGGAGCCUCCGUGCCGCCACCUCUGGAGGCACCAUCUCUUGUGCCCAAGGUCCCCCCGAGGAGGAAGAAGUCAGCCCCCGCAGCCUUCCACCUGCAGGUCCUGCAGAGCAACAGCCAGCUCCUCCAGGGCCUCACUUACAACAGCAGCGACAGCCCAUCUGGGCACCUGCCUGCCGUGGGCGCCGUUCUCCCACAAGGGGACUUACUCAGCACUUCAUCUGCUACAAGCCCCGACAGCGAUGGCACCAAAGCGAUGAAGCCAGAGGCAGCCCCUCUUCUUGGUGAUUAUCAGGACCCCUUCUGGAACCUUCUUCACCACCCUAAACUGUUGAAUAACGCUUGGCUUUCUAAGAGCUCAGACCCUUUGGACUCAGGGACCAGGAGCCCUGAAAGGGACCCCAUAGACCCAGUGUCAGCUGGCGCUUCAGCUGUGAAGGCGGAGCUGCCACUAGAUCAUGAACACAAAACCUUGGGUCACUGGGUGACAAUCAGUGACCAAGACAAGAGGACAGCACUGCAGGUGUUUGACCCACUGGCAAAAACAUGACUGAGCGGCUUUGAAGGCCGCCCUCCAGUAGAAUGCAUACCUUCCUCCCUCUAGGCCUCGCUCCACCAGAAGAGACACCUAUUUAAAGGCACACUGGCCAAAACAUUUGUGCAUCUGUCACUCUUGUGUCGUUUACAAAAAUCAUGUCUCUUAUUCAGUAAGAUGGUUAGUCAGCCACCAAAAUAUCUUUCACUCAAGACUUGUACAUCUGAAGUUUCCUCUUCAAAGAGUGGGAACCUUCCUGUUAAAUUUGGAGUAUGGAUUUUAAGAAAGGAAUCUAGUGGAUGAGGCCCAAGAAGUUUUCACCCAUUGAGUUUUUAAAUGGUUGUUCAGUUCAUGUUGUACGUCGUGGGGAUUUGUCUUUUGUUUUAUUUGUAUUUUACAGAUUUGUUAUAAGAUUCUGGGGAGCCACCUGAAGGUUGAUGUAUAAAGUAAGGAUUAGAGAAAGAGGUCAUUGGGACCAUUAAUAGCUGUCCUGGCCCACUUAAACAAGGUUACAAAAAUCAGAGUCAACCUAAUGACUAGACAGUACAUUCCCAUGAGCCUUUGUGUUUAACUGUGUACAUGUGCAUUAACCUUGAUGAUGGGUGAAUCCCCGGGGAGCUGGGGUCAUACACCGUUUUGCCUUUAAAGCAUAUAUCAUUAGCUUAACCUUAUUUUAAACUAGCUGAAGGCUCCUGUGCCGUGUCUUAGACAUUGCAUCCCCUUUCAAUUACUAUAAUCCUGAGCCGCGGUGUGCUACUGAAACCAAUUUUUAUCCACCAUGUAGUCCUUAUUAAAUGAAACCUGACAGAUCCUUUUUUCCACUUAUAUUCCAUGCAUACCACAUAAAAGCACACAGUG